AUGCCGCUGGCUUCGUCCUUUCUGGGACAUCCCGCCAUGCUGAUCAGUGGCGCUUCGGCCAAGAAGGAGCUGUGCCUGGUGGCAAAGGAGGGCAUCCCUCAAAUGGAGACCUGCGAGGAUGCGGUGCGCGCCGGCGAUGGCCGCGAGAUCUGGCAUCUCUCGAAGGGGGCGCUGGUUGCCUUGGAUGGGCGCUGCCUGCUACGCCAGGGCCGCAACUUGCGCUUGGGCAGCUGUGAUGAGCAGCCGGGGCAGGUUUGGGAGCUCUUGGGCACGGACCAAUUGCAGCUAUCUCCAGGUGGGCUUUGCUUGACGGUCUCUGCAGAGCCUUCCGUGGAUGUGGCCCAGAACCAAAGUGCGCAUGCCAGCUCCAGCAUUGAUGCGUACCACACCGCGGCCCAAGCGGUGGAUGGGAACGACUCCAGUUACUGGGCUGCGGACCCAGAGGCGGAGACGGCGAUGUUUGAGGUGGCCUUCCCUGCUGCGAAGUUGAAGGUUUUAGAGAUCAACUGGGAGUCCGUGCCGGAUUCCUUCAAGCUGCAAACUUCCAUGGACGGCCUCCAUUGGCGAGACGCCUAUUCGGUGCACGAGAAUCUGCUGCGUGCGCAUCGUUCGCGGAUCCACUUAAAGGGAGUGGAGGCGAACAGCGUCCGGCUGCAGGUGCAUGGGUCGGAUGGGAUUGGCAUCCGAGAGUUUAAGCUCUUCUCCUUGAAGCACUCGACUGGCCUAGAGAACUGUCAGACUCCAAAGAUGGCCAGGGACAAGUGGUUCUUAAGCAGCGUGGCCGAGUUCGACCCCACCGUGCGGCUUCGGACGCCGGCGCCGGUCAGCUCGAACGCUGUGACCGAUGAGAGCUGGGUCGUGGAUGGCCGACCGGGACAAAGACUGGUCGCCUCUUUUACGGAUGCCCUCUCGCCUGACGAGCUGAAGCCCUUGACACAGUUCCGGCAGCAGCACCGGCGCACCUUGGACGGCUUCCUGUGUGCGGCAGCCUUUGUGCAGGAUGGUAAUGUUUAUACCAACUGCACGGAUGCUCCCACGCCUGAAGGAGGCUCGGGUCGCGAGUGGUGCUACUUGGACCCUCAGCUGCAGCAGGACUUUGGCUCUCCCAGUUGGGGCUACUGCGCUCCAGUGGUGGACUACGAUGCACUGCGCCGCCAAUGA